AUGGAGGAAAGCAUGAUGAUUGAUGGAGAGAUGAAUGUCAGACGGUGGAAAUCUCAUGUUUUGCUUCUAGAUGGAGGAAACUAGCUGUUUUCAUUGGGAAACAAUCAAACUGCUACUGUACAGCGCAGUGGGCUUUUUUCUUUUUUUUUUUUGCACGACCCUUAUACACUGAUGCGCGUGCACGUGCGCGCGCCUGCGUGCAGAUGUGAAUUCGGGGUUGAAGUUGUUAUCCGGUAGAGGGCGGAGUGAGAGUGAGAGAGAGAAAGUGAGGAGUGGGGGACGCUGGAGCUGCAGAGGGCUGGAGCUGCGGAAAGGAGCGGACAUGGGCUGCAGCGGAUGCCGGGUACCUGCAGCCUGAGAGCGGGCGGGAUGAGAGGCGGGAGUCGGGGGUCCUCCGGUUGACUGCACGGGGGUUUAUAUUAGCGCGAGUCGUGGUUUGAGAGAAUAGUUGGUGUCCGGCGCGCACCCACACACACACACACACACACACACAUUCACACACACUCACUCACACGUCUUAAGAACAGCGGGAGAUGCAUUACGUCAUAGCCUCCCGUCGCCCUAGAUGACCGCGCGCGCAGGACGGGAUGAUGCAGGGCUGCUGGACUAAAACGGGAACUGAUUCCGCUGCUGCUGCUGCUCGCGAGCGCCCGGUGGCGGUGUCUAGACCGGACGAGGAAGAAGAGGAGCCGCCGUCGCGCGGCCGCCGGCUCUGAUGGCUCCUCGCGCCCCGGGCACAGAGACACAGCAGUCGCCGCGGCGCGAGAGGGAAGGGGACAGCAGGUAUCUGGGAAGUGACGUGGUAUCCGCGCCCCGCGAGAAAGCACAACGGUGCGGUUGUCGUGCGUUUCGCAGGAGGGCAGGAGCGGGAAGGGGAACAUGGCCGCGCAGUCGGACGGCGGCAAAGCCGGGGUCGGGUGCGGCGGCGGUUUCGCCCAGCUGUACGAUGUUGAUAACGAGGAGCCGCUGGACUCCGCCGCGAUCCACAUCUGUCAGUGCUGCCGCACCUCCGCCUGCUACUGGGGCUGCCGCUCAGCCUGCCUCGGCUCCCUGCUCGGCGGGGGCCAGCCUAUCGGAGGGGUCGGCAUCCGGGAGACUCACUGCCCGCCCCGGGAGCAGCUGUGGCUGGACUGCCUCUGGAUCAUCCUCGCCCUCCUCGUCUUCUUCUGGGACGUUGGUACGGACCUUUGCCUGGCGGUGGACUACUAUCAGAGGCAGGACUACCUCUGGUUCGGCCUCACACUCUUCUUCGUGCUGGUGCCGUCGGUGCUGGUCCAGAUUCUGAGUUUCCGCUGGUUCGUGCAGGACUACACCGGCGGGGGGCUCGGGGAGGUGGAGGGGCUGACUAAGCGGGGCGCGGUGGCUCUGGGGUGCCUGUAUCCCGGCAGGGACCGCCUGCAGCUGGCCACCAUCUGGCUGUGGCAGGCCAUCAUACACAUCCUCCAGCUGGGACAAGUGUGGAGGUACAUCAGGACACUGUACCUGGGCAUCAUGUCGCGUCGGCAGAAGGAGCACCAGCGGCGCUGGUACUGGGCCAUGAUGUUCGAGUACGCGGAUGUCAACAUGCUGCGGCUGCUGGAGACCUUCCUGGAGUCUGCGCCUCAGCUGGUCCUGCAGCUCUGCAUCAUGAUCCAGGAGAACCGAGCCGAGACGCUGCAGUGCAUCUCCUCCCUGGGCUCCCUCUUGUCUCUCGCCUGGGUUCUGGCCUCCUACCACAAACUCCUGCGGGAUUCUCGUGAUGACCAGCGCAGCAUGAGCUACCGCGGGGCGCUGCUGCACCUCUUCUGGCGCCUCUUCACCAUCUCCUCCCGCGUCCUCUCGCUUGCCCUCUUUGCCUCCCUCUUUCACAUCUACUUUGGCAUCUUUGUAGUGGUCCACUGGUGCGCCAUGGCCUUCUGGGUGGUGCACGGAGGCACCGACUUCUGCAUGUCCAAGUGGGAGGAGGUGCUCUUCAAUAUGGUGGUCGGCAUCGUCUACAUCUUCUGCUGGUUUAAUGUGAAGGAGGGCCGGACGAGAUACAGAAUGGUGGCCUACUACACCGUGGUGUUGGCCGAGAACACCAUCCUCACUGGGCUGUGGUAUGCCUACAGGGAUCCAGUCAUGACUGACUCCUACGCUGUCCCAGCACUGUGUGGCGUCUACCUGACGUUCGCCGGCGGCGUCCUGGUCAUGUUGCUGUACUACGGCUUCUUGCACCCUGCCAGCGCCCACCUCCAGCCAAGCCCCGCCUCCUCCUGCUGCGCCCAGCUGCUCUGGGGCCUCCCCCUGCCUCCGUCAGCCCCGCCCACCGCUCCGCCCACCCCGGCCCACAUGACCAAGUCACAGACGGAAGAGGAUGUGGCCGAGACGUGUCUUCCCGUCUUCCAGGUGAGGUCAGCGCCCCCCACCUCCAAGCCCGAGGGCCCGCUUAUAAAGAUCGACAUGCCCAGGAAGCGUUAUCCAGCAUGGGAUGCCCACUACGUAGACAGGCGCCUGCGGAGGACUAUAAACAUCCUGCAGUACAUAACGCCGGCCGCUGUGGGCAUCCGCUACCGUGACGGACCCCUGCUGUAUGAACUGUUGCAGUAUGAGUCCUCACUCUGACACACACACACACACACACACACGUCAACACACAUCAGUACACAUAAGCACAUAAAAAGACAUGUAUGUAUACGUGGAUGUUCAGAUUUAGAGAAGACGCACACACACAACGUGGCACUCGAUGUAAGCACACAGACACAAAAGCAAUCUGUCACACUUUUAUGCACACACACACACACACACACACACUAACAAACACACGCAUACACACAUUCCUUGUGGGCACCUUCGACCUGCGAGUCCCAUGGCCAUGACUCAACAAGCUGCUUCAGCGCGAGUCCAUCUCUCUCUCUCUCUCUCUCUCUCUCUUUACCCUUCUGUCUCUCUAUUUCCAACUCCUCCGAUUACUCUUCAUCUAUUCUCAUUGAUUUAAUUUCACACGUCCGCGCUCCGCUGUGAAGUGAAAAAAAAAAUAAAAUACAAAAAUGAGCGCCAGAGUUUCACACUGGAGUGUUUGACCACCGCAUGCCGUUUACGUUGCGUCGCUCACACUUUCACGGGUUUCAGUAGAAUAAAAAGACGUGACACAAAGAAAGAACAAAUGUCACUUUCAAUAAAAGGAGUUCGUGAACAUGUUGUCGUUAGUGUAGUCAAAGGUAGUGUAUAUAUUUUUUAUGUACAGAAGGGAUGUUUUUUAUGUACCGUUACGUUGUCGUUGACUGGAGACAAAGCAGUAGGGCGCAUCGGGUUGUGGGGUUGGUUGACAAGGUUACUGAGCAGAGUAGCAGAGCAUGAUGGGAAAGAUGGAGACGCGCUCAAACAAAUUCAAAAUGCUGCUCAAGUUUGCGCUACGUGAAGGAAUAGUCUGACAAUAGUUAGAUGAGAAGAUUAAUACCACUCUCAUUUCUCUACACUAUAUAUGGAGCCAGAGCCAGGAGUCAGUUAGCUUAGCUUAGCAUAAAAACUGAAAGCUGGGGGAAUAUCUCCCGACCAGCGUCUCUAACGCUCAUAAAUGAACAGUCUCCUGGCUGUAGCUUCAUACUUAACAGAGAGAUAAAAGAGUGCUAUCAGUCUUAUCUUAUCAAACUCGUGUAAUCGUGUUUUCCAAAAUGUCCAUAUCGUCCUAUAAGAAUGCUAACACUUGAGCAUACACAAUGUUAAGGGAGAGUUAGCAAAAUUAGCUCUAACAGUGAGAAUAGGAGAAGCUGUAGCAGCUCAAAGUAAGACCCAAAAACUUUGGCUGGCAAUGUGAAACUAUAACUUGAUCGUGCCAAAAUUAAAGCUUUCCUGCCUGAAAUAGUUUUAAAAUCUAAUUAACUAUCUACAUAGGCUAUAAAACAGAUAUUAUUUGAUACAUAUAUAUAAAAAAAUAAAUCUUUAGAUUGCCAAGAGGCCUGGCUGUCCCUUUCUCUCACUCAACACCUCGUAUGCUAAUGUGUUAGCAUGGAUUCAGAGCUAAAGAUCUACUGAGGACAGAUGGAUGGUGUUAAUGUUACAGUUCUUAUUGCUAAACGUGUACACUAGUCAAUGUGCCAAUCCCCCAUGUGUUUCUGAAACCUGAAGUAUAAAAGCAAGCCAUUAAACAUCAAAAAAAUUACACAAAUUAAAAGCAGACCAAACAGAGAAGAAUCCAAAAGGAGGUGGCACCAUGAUCAGGUACAAGUGCUAGUGCCUGCUGAUGUUUCCAGUAUUACUAAUGACUAAGGCAGUACAUGCUUAUCACGCUGUUUCGUGAGCGUGUACGCCAUCUGGGAGUCGUUCAGUUGUUCUCCAUCGUUUCCUGUUAUGCUUUGAGUGGUCUUUAGUUAUCCCGUCCGGUUGCAAAUGCGCGGUUUGCGUCGGUUUACGUUCUUAGACGAUGAAAAAAAAAAAAGAGAAAUUGUCUCAAAAUUGUCGACAUAAAGAGCAGACUAAUUAUUUCUGAUCAGUGUCUACCAGCACCAACCAGUGUGUGAUGUCUUAAUUAUGUCGGUCCCACGCUAACAGGGUGCUGCCACUGAAGUUGAUGUAAAACAAUUUUGGACUUCAAUCGUCACAACCUUCCUGAUGACUUGUCUUCUCCUGAAAAGCGUCCAAUAUCAACUCCUCCAAAUCCACCCACGGCUGAGCUGUGAUGUAUGGCUCAUUAUUUAUUUUUUUGUUUGUUUAUCCCUGUAAUCCAAGCUGUUACAUUGGCAGGCGACAACAAAUGAGCCGAUAUAUCAGUCAUCAGCCCGUCGACAGGAACGUUGGUCCUGAAAUCACACACCCGUCAGGGGGGCUGCUUUAACACCGCGUGGCGGCGAGUAAAAGCACGGGUUUGGAAGGUGGUGAAAGUGUUUUCGCCAUCCAACGCUCCACACCUUUUCUCCAGUCCCAUGUCAGCGGUAGAGCAAGUGAAACCCAACCAUGAGCCAUUUCAGAUGGUGCAGUUAAAAAAAAUUAACACGAACACGCUUCUUAUUAUUGCUGCUGGCCGAGAGGAUCAAGCAGGUGAAGAUAAAUAGCACAUAAAGAGAGUUAAAAGGGUUACUUUAACAUUUUUGGGGCAAAUUUUAGCCUCUUAUUUUCUUGUCCAGGUGUCAAUUUGUAGAAGAUGUUGUCUUUUAAUGCCAGCCAUUGAAAUUUAGAUUGAAAGCAAGCUUGAAGCUAAAUUUCUUUGUUUUUAUUGACUAAAAUUGGCCACCAUAUUUGAGUGCUGAAACAAUACCUUGAUUAGUGAUAUUGGUAUUGAUUGCAAAAGUUAAUUUACAACAACUGUGAUCAUUUAUUAAGUUAGUAAUCAAGUAAACUUGCCCAUGUCUUCAAUAUAAACUUAAUACUUUGGGAUUUUGGACUGUUUUAGUCCAGUGGUUCCCAAUCUUUUGGGACAUUGUCAGACUCACAAUGGACAAGAUAAAAAUCAGAACCAUUUUAUUUUAAUCUACAAAGUCUUCUUCCUUGUUAAAACCUGGCGACUACAUUACCCAUAAAGCAACUCGGUCACCAACAGAUUUGAGUGUGUUAGGCUAAUAGCGGCUGAUUUAGCCUUUAGCCACUAGCCUCAAGCAGAGACGAGGAGCGAGUUACAGAAGUUCACUUCUUUCUAAGCCUACCAACGCUGACUCACUUGGGGCAAUUUAUCUGAAUUCAUGCAGCCACUAAAGGCUUACUAAAUCCGUGAGUACUCCUCCGUAAUACCUGGAAAUAGACUUAAAUGUGUAAAAUUAGUUCCCCUUUAGAAGAAAGCAAAGUCUGCAAAGUGCAAUCACUCAGCACUGGUUGCAUAUGUCCACUGGUUGGGACCAAUACAACCAAAAGGUAAUUAUUAUUAUAUAUCAGAGGCCUAAAGAGGUUAAUGUAUUUAGUAAUUUACAAAAGAAAAAAGAAAACAUUUUAAUCAUCUUGCGACCCGUAGCAGGGUCCCUACCCCCUAAUUGGAAACCACUAAACCAUACCAUAAACUAAAUGAUUAAUCAAUGAAUCUAAAAAAUGAUCCACAGAUUAUCUCUUAAUGAAAAUAAGCAAAAGAAAGGAGACUUACACCAAAAAUGUUAACGUAUCCCUUUAAGUUUGAACAGUGUGAACGAAUAGUCAGCUUACAUUACUUUUCUGUGGUGCUAGCCGAUAAAAAAAAAAAGUCUAAUCAGUUCAUUUGCUGCAAACUAGAUUCAAUAGGUGCGAACGCGCAGCAGAAGCAGCGGCAUCGGUGUUCAUAUGGUGCAACACACUCAAGCUACAGAGUCAAUUGGCUGCUAAUCCCACUUCAUAUGGUGCAAAUAUGAAACACACAUGUACUUACGGUGCAAUAAGGGCAGAUUGUCUCUUUGAAUUCUAUGGUGCAACUUGAGUACUGCCUUCAGUUAUCGGCCAAGGCUGUGCCAAAGGCUCCGUCCAAACGGACAACUGCUCUUCCUGUCCUGCAGAAGCUAUGCAAGUCUCCGACGCAAGGAGAUGUGCUUAGUGCUCACAACACACACAGUACAUGCACACACACACACACACACACACACACACACACACACACACACACACACACACACACAAAGACAGACAGACAGGGUUUUCCUCCACAGCAGGGAGAUAUGCUAGUUAGUACACACAUGCAGAUACACAGUGAGAAGUUAGUGUAACAACAUGGGAUGCAUCCCUACCUCACCGCUUGAACACACACAUACACACACACACACUCACACACUAAUGUCCAAUAAUCCCUUACCCCUUUAUAAUUUGGGAACAAUAUUCAUAUGGUGCUAUUGAGUAAAACUGGAUGGUUUUUGUAUAGUUGUGGUUACAGUGCUAUGAAGAAUUUAGCCAAAUAUGUUUAGAGUGUUUCACAUUCAGAUUGAUUGAAUGGUUUAAUUCAAUCAAUCUGGGUUUCCUCAUGUAGAGAGUGUACAUAAAAACAGCAACACCUUCUGUCUCUGUGAAACUGAGUGACACGUAAAAAGCUACAAUGCCUUAUCCGCUUGACAGAAGUGGAGGUGGAAUUUUUUUUAAGAUACCUGAGUCAUGGUUAUGUGCAAAAAGGUGAACUUUAGGGAGGGUGGUGCUAAUUUUUUGGUACACUCUGAUCUGGACUUGCACUGUACUUUAAGCAUGGGCUCAGUGUGUCAGAGCACAGAAAUCAAAGGAAAACAGCACACUGUGUUAGCACGUUGUCCUAAAAAAACUGAAUAUGUGACAAUUAGAGAACACUAGUCAGACAUUUUCUGUUAGUUUCACAGAUCGUGCUCGUGAAUUUCUUGCAUGAAUGUUCUAGAUUUGAGGGCACAUGUGCUCCUAGGAAAAUAAGUGGUUACUACAGAGGCUUAAAGGUUUGAAGAGUCACAGCUUCGUAUGUGCUUCUGGGUUGUUAAAGUGAGAUUCUGUUGCACAGUAAUUUCCCUCGGGAUAAAUAAAGCUUCUUGAAUCUUGAAUUUAUGUUGAGCUCCAGAGCAGCUGUCCCGCUAGCUUUUCCCUAGCACUGACCUCUGACCUUUUCUCCCAAACUCACGACCCCUUUUGCACCCAGAACUCCAGCCAAUCACAAAUCAGGUUCAACACAGCCAAAUCAGGUCUGACACAACCAAAAAAAAUACAGUUCCUUCUUUAUACGGAAGUGUUCGUGUGCAGCAUUCAGACUCAGCUGUAGCCUCAUAAUCAAACUGCAGGUAUCAUAACGUCUCACCGUCUCCUUCAUAUCACCUGGUAGUCAACCUUACAGCUGAGUCUGCACGCUGCAAAUGAAAACUUUAUUCCUUCACCCAAAAACCCAGAGCCUUAGCCAGGCCCACCCUGCGAGAUAGUGAAAUCCAGUCAGUGUUAUUGUAUGGCUACACAUCCACAGCUAUGCAAGGUUACACACACAGAAAGGUUCUGGGCUUGGAAAACCUUUACAAAAAAAAUACCACAUCACUGUUCUCAUGUAUUGCUUUUUCUUAUUUUCAUUUCUUCCUCUUUUUUUUUGUCUUAGUUUGCAGAGAAAGUAUUCAUGUGCAAAAUGAAAAUGUGAUAUGCCAUUGGUUUACAUGUUUUAUCUGUUUAUGAUAAUUUGGUAAUCUUGCAUCAUUUCUGUGGACAUUUUUCUUGAUCAGGUUUGUGUGUUGAUGGGUUAAAAUUGGUCGGGAGGGGAGAGGAAAAAAACUGCGUAAUGUACGUUUACAUUGAGAGCAACCACAACGGACGCAACCUCCCGACAGAGGAAUGUGUACAAGCAAGAAGUUAUUUUGUGUUCUUUGGAUAAAAACGUUCCACUAUCAGGGUCUGCAAAGCAUAUGAGGCCUGUGGUUAGGCUGCGUGUGUGUGUGUGUGUGUGUGUGUGUGUGUGAGCAUGUGUGUGAGCAUGUGUGUGAGCAUGUGUGUAUGUGCGAGUGCAAACUACCGUAUGUGUCAGUAAUGCUUCAUAUGCUUUUUUUAGCCAAAGUUUUACUUGCUUGGUCCAGAGCUGUGAAAUUAUCAUUACUCAUCAUGGUUUUGUAGAAAUCGAGGCCAGACGCUAAACUGUUUCUGAUCUCAGACCAGUUUCUACCAGAUCUGAGUCCACCGACAACUGAAAUCCUCUCCUUUUACAACUGAAAAGAGGUUUGGCUGUUUUGGCACAAAUGGCUCAAAUUCAAUCAUGAAAAAAAAAAAAACGAGUCGGAAGGAUUUCAAUGGUCUGACUCAGGUGUGGAUACUAUAAGCACAGGGCAGGGUCAAACUAAACCUUAAUGUGGAUGUAUCUAUAAGAUGUACCAUGAGCUUUUAUUUUGUCGGGGUCAUGCUUUUCUACUGUGUUCUUCAGCUUGGAAAAAAAAAAAAGUAGCUCUAGAGAUUUCUAUGUGCAAAAAGUACCUUUUAUUUUCUCGUGGUUGGCCUUUUGAUUGUAAAUACCUUUUUCUGGUAAUCCUCCUCAGUUGGGUCUAUGUUUCGAUGAGUUUGCUUAGAUGGCUCUUUCAAAUGUACUGAUAGUAAAUGUUCUUUAUAAAUAUCCAGAAUGUAAGACGAGAGAAGACAAAUACGGCUUAACUGGAAACUGUGUUUUUCGUAGGAGUCUGUGCCAUCGUGUUGUCUUGAGUAUAAGCACACUGAUAUUAGAUCUUUAGGCAGGAUGAAGUGUUUGGAGGUGAUUUGCCAGACAGCCACAACCAAAACCAGGUUCGACGAGACAGGUGAUGUUUGUCUCUCACAUUCCUGAUAAACACAAAAAACGUUCUGCAAAGAAAGACCACCACUGCAAACCGUGAUUAUUGAUUUUUUUUUUUAAAGUAUUGGAGUAUGUAAAUUGAGUUAAUAUUGCUAAUGGGAUGAGAUACUCUCAUAUUUGUACACUGAAUAUGAAGCUGGAGCCAACAGCUGGUUAGCUUAGCAGUGGAAGCAGGGGGAAAUAGCACGAUCAAUGCUUAUGUAUGUACAGUAUAGUAUAGUAUAGUAUAGUAUAGUACAUAUAGUGUUUGCAAAAAUUCCACCAUGGAAAGAAAGAAGUAGUGCUCAAUUUGAGACAUUUAGAGGUGCUUGUCAUCUUUAAUUAUGCUAAGCUAAGCUAGCUGUCUCCUGGCUCUAGCUUCAUAUUUAGCCUACAGACAUGAGAGUGGUGUCCAUCUUCUCGUCUAACCCUCCGCAAUGAAGUUAAUCAGUGUAUUUCCAAUAAUGCUGAACUUUAAAAAAAAAACGAAAAAGUCAGACAAAACGUUUUAUUUAGCAGUUUACCCAAAUUCCAAAAAAACAUUAGCUUAGCUUUGCAUAAAAGGGGGCCUAGCCAGGCUCCGUCCAAAGCUAAAACAAAAACCGCUCACCAGCCUCUCUAAAGCUCACUAAUUAACACGUUACACCUUGUUUAUUGUAUAAAUCUGUACAAAAACUUAAGAUACAGGCUAGCUGUUUCACCCUGUUUCCAGUAGCUUUAGAUUUAAUUUUAAAAUGUUUUUUUUAUGCGGUGACCACCACAGAUGUCCUACAUUGCUUUAUAUCACUAGAUAAGUGAGAAAAUAUAAUUUCUUGUCACCGACUCUUGCAGGAAAAUAAGUAAAAGUUCAAGAAAUUUAAAAGUCAUAUUUCUUUUUUACUCUUGACGUGAUUAAAUAGCUUGAGGAGAUGGUCCUAUUUGCAGUGUGCAGCUACAUACCAAUAAACAGCUCAACACAUAAGCACAUAUUUCAGACGUAAGGGGGGAAAAUGUCCAGCAGGGGCUGUCUGGCUAACGUCUCCCGAACUUCACUGUAGAAAUGAUGGCUGCUGUCAUCAACCGUGUUCAAACCGCUCCUGCGUCAGCUCAUAAAAACACCAUUCAGGAAUCCUCUGGUCUUUGCGGGGGGAUUCCUAAAUUCACACCGAAUGUUUCUGACCAACCACAAACAAAACGGGAGAGAAAACGAGACGACACAUUGUGUAUCUCUUCUUUGUCUGUGUAUUCUGUGUCUACGAUAGUGUAAAAGCAUUCUGGGGAAGAGUUGAAUGAUAUUUUCAAUGGCUCCAGGUGGCCAGCGUUAGGAAAUGUGUUAUUUUUGUUACAAUACCUCCUGAAAAUAAAGUCUAUUUAUCUGUGAAGAGACAAAGAUUUACAAUAAUACAGAUGACUACAUAGAAAUUAUGACAGAUUUUAAAUGAUGUAAAACAGAUAUAAAUGAAAACAUGUAAAGUUCAUUUGGUUUUGAACACGAUACAGAAAUGUAUAUGCGUCAGUAUUGAGUUUGAUUUUAUAUAUUUACCAUUUUAUUACAUUGUAAUGUUGUGACUGCGAUGGAGAAAAAAAAAAUAUAAAGGAAUAUAAAUUAA